AUGAGUUAUUUCUACACCGCCGUGUCCCGGCCCGGCCGCGGGGAGCCCCGCUUCAUCGCCGUCGGCUACAUGGACUACACCCAGUUCGUGCGGUUCGACAGCGACGCCGCGAGUCCGAGGGUGGAGCCGUGGGCACCGUGGGUGGAGCGGGAGGGGCCUGAGUAUUGGGAGCGACAGACGCGGAAGAGCGAGGCUGGUGAGCGAAGCGGGCCCGGGUCCAGGUCGCGACCCCCAUCCCCACGGACGGGCCGGGGUCUCCCCGAGUCCAAGAGUCACCCCGAAUCUGCGACUUGGGCUGGACGGGCGUCUCCUCCGCGGGUACAGUCAGCCUACGACGGCGCCGAUUACAUCGCCCUGAACGAGGACCUGCGCUCCUGGACCGCGGCGGACACGGCGGCUCAGAUCACCCGGCGCAAGUGGGAAGCGGCCGGUGUGGCGGAGCAGCACAGGGACUACCUGGAGGGCACGUGCGUGUUGUGUCUCCGCAGAUACCUGGAGAACCGGAAGGAGACGCUCCCUCGCACAGAACGGCUUCUUCAGGCCGCCAACCCCAUCAUGGGCAUCACUGCUAAUCAGAUUUUCCCUCAAAUUGUGACUGCUGUGCUAGCUGUGAUGAUUGGAUCUAUGAUCUGGAAGAGGAGCUCAGAACGGCUUCAGAAAAUAUUUGGUAAGAUAUCUGUGACAAUUCUUUACUCUUAAAACUAUUUAAGUGACUGCUUUGUUGGUUUUUAGUGCUCCCUGCUGUUUUACCUACAUGACAUUCAUUAGCUCGCCCUUCUCCUAGAUGGCUACACUUCCCUCCUCCAGAUUUUUGUUUAUGAACGUCUUCCAUAUUAUGUUCUCUCCAUGUCUGUUUUUCUAUCUUUCAUCCAUUCUCAUUCCUUCUUUUUUCAUUCCAUACUGGUCCAUCCCUGUAAACAUGGGCUUCUUCCAUCUUCUGGAGACUUGCCACAGUUGUAUGUUGAAGAGAUGAAGGGAAUUAGGCUGCUAGGCAUAUGGUUUCCAUUCUACAUAUAUUUUCUGGGAAAUGACUAUUAAUUUAGGACCUCUGUUGUGUAUUUGAAGUAGGAGGGCACAUUAAGAUGCAAUCAAUUUUAGCUCAAACCUUAAGAAAUGAGAGAACAGUCCUACCUUGCUGAAUGAGGUUUCUCCCUCCAUUGUCCUUUUAAAGUCUGUAAAUUCUGUUGUCUCUUAUAUGGUCAAGUGUCAACUUCUGGCUCACUUUCCACUGCCCUUGAAUGUCUCAACCAAGUGCUCUCAGGUAUAUAAAUAUUUUACAUAAUUUUUCCUAUUUUUUCUUUCUAACUAUAGUAAAUAUCAUUUUACUUUUUCACUUUUAUUGACACAAUUAUUUAUUCUG